UUGUAUUUUUAUAGAACCGACUGCACCAGAAGAAGUCUGCAAGAUGUGGUUUUUCAAAGAAGCUCAAUGUGAGCGUGUUCGACUGGCUAAGUCACUCAAUGAAGGAGAGAUUAAAUUUGUGCAGGAGAGAAUGAAGAAUGUUGAGAAAUGCAUGAAGGACCAUGGAAUUCAAUGUGAAUCGAAGAGUGUCCCUCGCAUUGCUGUUCUGGGUUCAGGUGGGGGACAGAGGGCUAUGAUAGGACUGUUGGGCUGCAUUGACCAGAUGUAUAAUGAGAAUCUACUCAACUGCAUCCUCUACCUGUGUGGAGUCUCAGGAUCAACCUGGUGUAUGACCUCGAUGUACGAAGAGCCUGCCUGGUCUUCAAAAUUUCCAAGUGUAAAAGACGAUCUGGUCAAGAGAUUAACAGAGACUGAUAUUGAUGUGUCAGAAUUAGUAAAAUGGUUGUCUCAAGCAGUUGACGAUGAAAACUUCUCUCUUACGGAUUUCUGGGCAGCAACAGUAGUCUAUGGCUUUGUAAAAAAGAUUAACACCACUCGUCUCUCAGAUUUGAGAAAUUUGGAAGCAACAAACCCAUACCCCAUCUACACGGUGAAUGAUCAGGGUCUAAAAGACAAAGGGGAUAAAAUAGCCUGCUGGUUUGAGCUCAGUCCUCAUGAAGUGGGUUAUUCUCACCUGGGAGCCUUUGUGGACACGUCCACCAGCAGAAGCCAGUUUGAAGCUGGGGUACUCAAGCAGAAAGCGGCAGAGAGAGACAUGCUGUACUUGCAAGGCUCUUUCUUCAGUAGCGUUCUUGGGUUUGGAAGUGAUGAAAAAAGUGAAGAAAAGGAGAAAAAGGAGGAAGAAGGAGGUUCUUUCUUCAGUAGAAUUCUAGGGUUUGGAAGCGAAGAAAAAGAAGAAACAGAAAAGGUAAAAGAAGAAAAGAUAGAAGAAGAAGAAGAAAAAGAAGGAGGUUCUUUCUUCAGUCGCGUACUUGGGUUCGGAAGCGAAGAAAAGGAAGAAGAAAAAGAAGAAGAAGAUGAUGAUGAAGAUGAAGAAGAUGACGAAGAAGAAGGAGGUUUCUUCAGUAGCAUGACAGAGAAGUUCUUCGAUUACAUCCCUUUGGAUGACAUGGCAAGCGACACGUUAGAAAGCAUAUUCAACCUUUUUGACUGUGACGAUGACGAGGAGAACAAAAAGCACGUGGAUAAAAUACAUAAGACGAUGACAGAUGUAAAUACUGCAAACGUCGACAAACCUAAGAAGAACUUAGCAGGAAAGAGCAAAGAGGAGAAAGAGGAAUCUCUCAUUGAAUAUGCUCUUGAUGCAUUCGGCACGUUCCAAGAGUAUUUGCCUGGUUUAUCAGAUGUUACCAAGAUCACUCUCAAGACUAUGUCGCUGAUGAGCACCUGGACCUGGGGCACUAAAUAUAACUUUCUGUACAAGUUCUCCAUGAAUGAAAGCACAGUUCCAGAAGAGGUGGUGUCAGAUGAGCUCAGUUAUCUGGAAGACGCAGGGCUCGUGUUGAACUCUCCAUAUGUGGCUGCUCUUCGGCCUGAAAGGAAUGUGAAUCUCAUCCUCUCCUUUGAUUUCAGUGCCGGGGAUCCAUUCAUGACAGUGACUCAGGCUGCAGAACACUGCAAGCAGACAGGAAUUCCUUUCCCCCCUGUGGAAAUUACAGAAGAAGACCGGAAGCAGCCAAAGGACUUCUACGUGUUCAAGAGUGAAAAUACUCCCACCGUCAUUCACAUCCCACUCUUCAACAUGGUCAACUGUGAAGGAGAUGUCCAGAAGUGGAGGGAGACAUAUCCAACAUUCAGGCCAGCCUACGACAGAGAAACGAUGGAUGAAUUAAUACGGGUGUCAGGCCUGAAUGUGAAAAACAACAAGGCAAAAAUCAUCCAAGAAAUCGCAGCUUUGUGCAAGUAGAAAAUAUCCAGUCAAAAGCUUCAGACAAGCUUCCCUUUAAAGUAAGGUUAUUUACACUUUCUUCCCUGUUAGGUUGAUCCUUGUGUACAGAAGGAACACAAUAAUAAAUUAAAUUAAUGCACAAAAAUUAAUUGUGUAUUGAUUUAUAUUGAUGUAUCUAAUAACUUAAUUAUAGAAACCAUUUUGCCGCCAUUCAGUUCUUAUUUCUUUACUGGUGUCACUGUUUUUUUUUCAUAUUUACAACAUGGUAUUAUUCUACAGCAAUUCAAAUGCUUGCAAGCAAGACCUGUACACUAAAUAUUCUUUACAAUCUUAAGUCAAAGUCUGGACUAGUACAUUUACUUUUCCCCUGCCCUUCUCACUGGGAUGUGUACACUAGAGUAGGGAAGAAUGUUUUGCACUAGUAUAUCUGAGAUUGGCUUCUUAUAUCUGACUGGAUUUACUGCGUAUCUUUCACAUUUGGUACUUCAUGAAUUGUAAUUACCUGUGCAGGUCUUGCCUGGUACCAUCACAAUAGCUAUUCAAACACUUGUGAGAUUUAAUUGCCAAGA